CCGACACAGACUUGAUGCCUCCAGUCGGGAAAGGGGACCAUAAAUGGAGCCCUAGCAGAUGGUAAUGAGGCGAAAUGCAAGUGAAAUACCUUUCUACUUAAGCUGCCGAGCUCCAGGAUUCACAGCCCCGACACAGCGAGCGCCCUCACUUGCGUACCUGUAUAACAAAGCAUACUCGAUUGAAGAAAAUGGGCAGCCUCACGCCUUCCUCUCUCAAUGGCGUGGCAGCCACGAACGGAGAAGGAAAGCAAGUCAAUGGCGGCAAGCUCUCACGCUCCGUCGAAGCACGAGCCGAUCGCAACGGCGCAACCAAAAUUGCGACUGUUCCUUCGCAGUUGAGGAACCUGUACUCCGACAACGCGAUCCUCAAACUUUGGAAGACGGCGACUGAGCACCUUGGACGGAAGAAUCCCCCGGAAACCUUCCCCGAAACCGUGCCGCAGUCUGGACCCGAUUUCGGGGUGUAUCAAUAUCGUGACGCCGAGUUCUGGACAUGCGGGUUCUUCCCGGGGAGCCUGUACUGCCUUUUGGAGAGGUCGAUCAAGUACCCCCAGCAUUUUCUCAAGGGCGGCGGCGACGGCAAUGACACCGUCACCGCAGAGUCGCGACAACAGCUCCGGGAGGGCCUUCUCCAAGUGUGCCGCGACUGGGCGCAGCCGCUGCACCAAAUGGCAUACAGAACCGACACCCACGAUAUUGGGUUCAUAGUUGAGCCGGCGCUGAGGCGUGACUACGAGCUGACGGGGAAUGUAAAGAGCCUGGAAUCAAUUCUGACCGCAGCCGAGAGUCUGGCGAGUCGCUACAACGAGAAGACUUUGGCCAUCAGAAGCUGGGACACCUUCGUGAACAAUUGCCACGGGUUCUCAAGCAAAGAAGGAUGCUUUCUUGUCAUCAUCGACAGCAUGUGCAACCUUGACCUGCUGUACUACGCUGGGCACCAUGCUUCGUCGCAACGACUCAUCGACAUCGCCACGACGCAUGCACACACUGUGCGGGAAACGCAUCUGCGGGAGCUACCGUCCGAAGACUCCAUGUAUACUCAAUAUUCGACCUGUCACGUCGCCAACCUCUGCCCGGAAACGGGCAAGGUGUCGCAGCGCCUCACAGCGCAGGGCUACGCAGACGACUCCACGUGGGCAAGAGGGCAAGCUUGGGGAAUCUUGGGUUAUGCGCAAACAUACAACUGGACCAAGGACCCCGUAUUUCUUGCGACGGCCUGCGGUCUGGCCGAGCAUUUCAUCAAGCGCAUGGAGUCAGCGCCAUCGUCAGUCGAGGUGACCCUGGAGAACGGCACCAAGACUGGACGCUAUGUUCCUCUGUGGGACUUUGAUGCCCCCAUUGAUGAGAGCGACCCUCUGCGGGACAGCUCCGCCGGCAUGAUUGCUGCAAAUGGCCUGUUGUUGCUUCACAGCUCGUUGAAUGCCGUGGGUGAUGCGGCAGGCGCCCGCAGGUUUUUUGAUGCGGCAAUUCGCAUUGUCAAGGAGACGCUCGAGCUGUGCUAUAGCACCGACGAGCUGAGGCUGGUCGUCAGGGAUGGAGAGGAUGGGCGGGCAACCAUUGCCGCUGAACACGAGGGUGGUGGGGGUGGCUCGUCCGAACCACCAUUCGAUGCGAUAUUGAAGCGUGCCACUGCCAACUUCAACCGGGACUGGACGGACAAGUACGCGAACCAUGGGCUUGUGUAUGGAGACUACUAUCUUCUCGAAUUCGGCAAUAGACUGCUGCAGGCGGGUAUAUGCUGAGUGGAAUGAGAGGCAGCCUCUCAUUCGCAUUCAACGUGGGAGAAGCAGACAUUGGCAUCAAUCAUAGAUUCUUUAGACGGGCCAGUUUCUAUGGUCUACUUUGUAC